AUGGCUUCCUUAAGUCCUUACAGAGUUUUCGAACUGCUGCGGCACGUGCAGCGCCAAACAAUGCGCUGUCAGCAAGAGGCAUACGCAAUCAAAUCACCGCAUGUCGAGUACGACGAACAAAAGACGUUCAUCAACGCUUGUAUUGAUGAAUGCUGGAAGAAAUACGAUGAUCGAAAUUUCACGAACCAAGCCGAAGCACGGGAGGCGAUCAUCAACUACGCCCGUGAACUCGAGAGGCUGACGUUCCGCCGCGAAGCUGGCCAUUCAGAGGCUGAAGCAGGCUACGAGCGUCGCGUAUUUGGAGUGUUGGUGGCAUACAUCCAUGAGCUUGUCGCUGUGGUGUGGCCCUUGCUACCUGAACAGACGAUCCUGAGGCUUUUCGAGAGCUCGAAGAGAACCAGUCCAUCAGGAGACGGACAAGGAUGCAAGACCGACGCGGCAGCAGCGCAAGCAAUGUCUUUAUACACCGGGAAAACUCCCCCAUAA